UGGCUCGCUAAUUGCCUUUUGGAAUUAUUCGGGGUUGCAUAGACGAAGGAGUCGGUUCUGGGGCUGUGGCAUGUCAUAACACUUGGGUUGUUGGAGCUGCUCCGCUAUGGAAACAUUUCGUGUCGUACGGUGGCAGAGUAAUGCAGACCGAGUUGUUAGAGGGGAGACUUCGCUGCGCAGGGAUCUGAAAAUCGCUCCUUCAGUUUCGUACACCUUGCUCCGUACGAAAUAACGCUCUCCCCGCGUGUCACGCAGCACAAGUGACGACAAUAAUAAGGAGCGUACGGGAAACUCGGCGACCCUAUUAGUUUCCAAACACUCUUCGAGGGCAGCGUGGAGAGAGAGACAGUCAAAGUACGAUGUUUCCUAGCGAGCGAGAUAUCAUCCAACCUAAAUGUGCGCGUGACAUUUCUCUGGCCGUGUAUUUUGUCUCGAGUUCUAAUUCAGACGUCAUAGCUCGGCUCGCGCUUCGCGAAAAACCAACGGUCACUUCAUAGUUUGACAGGAUUCGGUAAACGCGUCGGUUAGUUUGGCUACAUCGUGGCCACACGGACCGUGUAAGGCUUUAGGUUCUUUCUGCGAGAGAAAGCGUCUGUUUCGGCUAAUCCCCGAUCGCGGGACCUACAUUUUGUUGUUUUUGUGGGUGAACAUCGGCGAUAUUUAUCACUGACUCCCAUUUCAGCAGGCGUUUCGUGUCACCUGAGAGUCUCUUGUAUUGUGUGAUACGGUUUUUUAGUAGCUCCGGCUAGAACGAGCGAGCGGGUUGGUCGGUCAGAGAAACAAACAUUUGCUCUGUUUUAGGACGAUGCUCUGUCCUGAUAUUAAGCUUGCUGUGGAUACGUGACAUCGGCUGGUCAUCGACUGCUUUUCUGCAUCAUCCUCCUUUGUGCAUUUAUGAGCUCCGGGCUGCGGAGCUCCGGCAGACUGACCUGGAGACCGCGAGUGUGCUGAGCUCCGGUCUACAGGGGAGAGACGAUGCCUAUUUCCUCGUCUCCGUUUAUCAUUGCGCUGGUAACCCCAUUCAGAAGAACGAGGGCUGAAGAAAAACACGGGCUCCCGCUCCCACUGAUCCUGCGUUUUCAAUAAUUGAGAUGCCUGAAGAUGAGAAAUGUGCACGAAAACGAUCGCUUCUAUCUUUAGCAGCAGCUAUAAUCACGGGUAUAACACAUCGUAAACUUUCCAAUCAUCAGACUUUCGCUGAAGGCCUACACGGUUCGGUUAUGCUAGACGGGGACUUUAAGCGAACCGACAUCGGUCGAAUCUUAUUUGAAGCCAGAAACAUAAGCGGUUAUUAUUUUAAGACAGCUGUCACCUGUGUCGACAACGUGGAGCUGCUGCGCUCACCUGCAUUCUGAUGCGAAACAAGAGUUGACGAUGUUUAUGUUGUUUGCGUUUGAGACUUGGGUAAUUAGAUUGAGCUAAUUGUGAUGGUCGUGCGUGCAGUUUGAUUUUUCUGAAGUGUUAUCUGGUCUCCUUAAUUUUAAAAAAACGACGUGAUUGAGAACAUAACCUUGAGAGACACGGGUGUGAUUUCGACUCGAAAGCAACAGUGUGCAACAUUUCGGUUCAGAUCGUUUGGUUUGAUUCUGUGUUCAGUGUUUCAACCGACGUGAAAAUCCAGAAAAUGCCAAGGAGUAAUUGAUAUUUCCAGCUAUAUGGCAAAGCCAUUAAAAAGAGUAAAAGAGAUUUGGACAUAAUCUGUACACUACCCAGAGGAGAAUAUCAUAAAAAGUCACUAGUCCACACACACUGAGUAAUGUGUUGAGAAAACGCCUAUGCAGGUGGAUCCCUCACCAAUGAAUGUAGGGGAUGGAGGGACGGUGAGCAGAGAGAGCAGUGCCCCUACCCAGGUGUCUGAGAGCAUGGUGGGGAAUCCACAGCAGACACUGCCUCUUGAACUUAGAGGUGACAUACCUCAGAGUCAGCAGAACAAGCUGAGGGCAACCACAGACUGCAAAACGCCCGACGUCUGCUCAGAAGCCAGCAAUUCAAAUCAUUGUCCCCCAGUUCCCCCUUCCCAACCUCACAGCAAUGUGUUCAGCACUGAUCCCAUGAGCACACCGUUGCCUGAUCGGACUGAAGUUUCCAAAAGCAAGAUUGACGGUGCUGGCAUCUACUCCACUCACCAGUGGCCUUGUGGUAAAAAGGUCACUGCAGAGGACCCUGUGAACUCCGUUCAUUCUAGUAUAAACCUAAACAAGAAGACUAACGCACCAGCACCAACCCAGCCUGUGAUAAGCGUUCCUUUGGGGUUUCAGUGCUCCACGCUGUUUAAGCCCGGCCAGCCUGUUGCUUUUCUUCCCCCCUCCAAUUUUUCUUCUCCUCUCUGUAAGAUCACAUUGCCACCAGGGUUAGGUCAAAUUGCAGCACUGAGAGAAGCCACUGCUAGCCAGUUUCAAAAGGACUGCACAGCACAAAGCUCUUGUUCGAGUGCGACACCUAUGCUCAAAACAUACCCGUAUCACUUUUCCGUGGGGAGAGGUCCUGGUGCUGAGAAAAAGCCUCAGUCUUCAGGAUCCAAAGUAAGGUGUGACUCUUUGUCCAAGGGCUUUCAAGGUGGAGCUGAGCAUAAAGCCACAAUGUCUUCUGUAGCAGCCCCAGCUCUAGCCCUUCCAGUACAGCAAGCCACGCAGGGCUCAGCUCCACCAACCCGUUACACUAUUUCUCCCACUGCUGCCAUCUGCUGCAGCCCGGCUCUGGCAAAUAUCACCACUCAAAGUCGGCUGCUUAGUCUUGUAGAAAAAGGUUCGACGUACCGAGGAACUGAAAAAACCUCGUUGGCGUAUCUGAAACCAAAAACUUUGUCCACUCCAGAGGAGCACAAUGUUUCCUGCCCUGUUGAGUCAAGGGACGUGCCCCUUGAUCUGUCUGCAAAGUCCAAGCGACAAAAAAGCAUUAAAGAUGCUCAGAACAGCCCAUUGGUGGCCACUGAACAUUCUGCUGAGUCUCAUCAGAAAAAUAUUGCUGGUCCAAAAAAGGUUCAUUCUUCUUCCUUUGGAUCAUCCAGUACAUAUGACACCCAAAGAAAUGGUGCAACUCAGAAAUCAUCUUCAAAACUGACUAAUCAUCAUGCUUUGGAACCCAACUCAUCCUGGGCCAAAGGCUCAUCUCCUGGUUCCUUGAAUAAUCUCCCUGGUACAUAUGUAGGAGUAGCAAGUCCCAUCCUAGCAUCUACUUUACGUAGUAAAGAUGGAAAAAGUGCUGCUUUUGUUGAAGAUCUACAGACAUUUGCCAAACAGGAAACCAUCUCCAUCAUUGACCAAGGAGAGCAGCCAGUCUGUAGAGAAAGGAAAGCGCCAUUUGCUGUUAAAGGUGCCCAGCAUAAUAAAGGUGGAAAGCUCUCGACAGGUACUCAACAAGGUUUUUUAUCCACCCAAUUAUGUGCUACAGCAAAUUCACAGCCCCACCAGAAAUCUGUUGGUGGAAAGGGAGGCACCCUGUUUACACCUCCAGUCAAAUCCUUGUGGCAGCCACCUUGUGUUCUUUCCCAAGGAACACCCCUGCAGAAGAGACCAAGUCUGACUCAAGCCCCAAAGGCGAAGAGCACCCUCAGUUGUGAGAGAGCCCUGUUCCAUAACUCUCACUUAAGCUCAACUAAAGUAGAGGAUGAAAAGUGGGAGAAGGCCAAAUCCCCUCUGUCUAACCUGGAGUCAAUAGUGAAGCAGAAAACUCUUGAGACCACUGCGCUUACUGGUGAGAACUACUGUAAUCUCUCUGCUGUGGGAUCCAAAAGGCCUGAGGUAGCCAAUGUGCAGAACAAGUGUCAGGAGUCCACAUUGCAGCAGACCCUUACUGCCGGUUCUCCCCCUUUCAGGGCCAUAGAAGGACAGGUCAUCAAGUCAGACAGAACCUCUCCACAAACGGAUGCCAUAGCAGCUCUAAGCAGACCGGAGAGCACAACUGUUCCUGUGCCCAAGGAUAAGGGACGAGAGAAACAGGCAAAACAGACAGAAAAUCAAGCAUCCGAUGGUAGACAAAAAAUGAAAUCUAGUACCCCUAGUAAAAAAAGUGCUCCCAGUGUUAAAGGAGAAUGGAAGGAGAGGAAAUUGGCUCAACAGUUAGAGGUUGAGACCGCAAAAGAGGAGAAGGCAUCAGAGAGGAAGCUUUCUUCUCAUGUCAAGGUAGAAGGGAUUGCCUUAUCCCUCCUUCAGAGCCAGACCACAGAAGGAGAGGGAAAAAUGAACGGAGCCAAAGAAGAGACACCUUCCAAAGGAAAAGUUUCUGCCACCAAACAGAAGAACCUGAAAAAGCCUUUCAAGGAGAAAACAUCUUCUGAAGUGCAAAAAAAGUCCGUAACUAAGAAGCAAAAAGAUAAAGACGGUCUAUCAAUCAAGCAGGGCCCCUCCCGUAAAAAGAAGAAAGAUGGAUUGCCUGGAGUGGAAAAAACUGUGCUGAAAGAUGGAUCAAGCCCAGCCCCUAAAGUAGGAGGAAAGUCACGCAAAGGGAAGAACUGUCCAGCCGAUAUGGAGCACUACGACUCAAACAAAAUAGUCACAGAUUCAGAGAACAGUCCAUGCAGAAGUCCUCAGGUUGACAGAGAUUCAAGCUCUCUCAGCAGUCCGGGCUGGCCUAGUAAGGAAUCAGACUCCCAGGAGGAGGCCUCUCCGCGGCUGAGACGAGGGCGCAGACGGACUGAUGAAGCGUUGCUCCGAGACUGGAGCUUUGCUACUCCACCUACUCCUCCCCCUCUCGAUCCCCCCUCUACACCACCCCCUACCCCACCGCCCCCUGUACCAGUCCGCCGGCCGCGCGGCAGGCCUCGAAUCAAUCCUCUGCCUGAGGAGGUGGAUGCGGACAAGGACAGGCCCACUGAGGGUGGAGACACCUCUUCAAUAAAGAAAAGGAAACGCUGCAAGAAUCGUAAAUAUCAGAACGGGGAAUACAUCACAGAGAAAGAUAAGGUGGCAGAUGGAGAGGAGGAGAAGCUGGGCGUGGAAGAUGGUGAGGCCACUAAUGAGAAGAUGGGUGUGUACCCUUGUCUCAGUGCCACACUGACCGGCGAUGUGCCCAGUCCAGGCAUCAGCCCUAGGCGGACCCUGUUCACACGUUCGGGCUUGGUCCGACCUCAAGAGGGUCCACCCGCCACACAGCCUAAUGACAAGCCCUCAGGGAAGAGGAAGUUCAAAAGUAAACACUUGUGUGAUACUGACGACCAGAAAAAGCUCAAGACUAAGAAAGGCAGCUUGGGUAAACGCACAGGACCCCUCAUUUUGGAUGAGGAUGGUCCAGCCGCCAAGAAAACCCCAACUCCUCCUUAUGCUUCUCCCAAGCAGUUAAACUCACCACUGUCUGGUAAAAAAGGAACAGCUGGGAAAUCAGGAAUCCCUGAAACUACUCCAAGCCGUCCAGUGCCUCCAGAAGUCCGCCGACUGAUUGUCAAUAAGAAUGCAGGAGAGACGCUGUUACAGAGAGCUGCUAGAUUAGGUUACCAGGAUGUGGUUUUAUAUUGCUUGGAAAAGGAUGUGCGAGAAGUGAACCGCCGUGACAAUGCGGGUUACACGGCACUGCAUGAGGCCUGUGCACGUGGCUGGACGCACAUUGUACAGGUGCUGCUGAAGCAUGGUGCAGAUGUGAACUGCAGUGCACAGGAUGGAACACGCCCAAUUCAUGAUGCAGUAGCAGCUGAUAAUCUGGCUGCUGUCUGGAUGCUAUUAAAUCACGGGGCCGAUCCCACACUGGCAACCUACUCUGGUCAGACCGCAGUUAAACUAGCCCAGAGUCCUGGCAUGAAAACUUUCCUCAAAGAGUACUUCACUGAUUUAGAAGGAAGAACAGACCAAGAUCCUAAACUACAUUGGGAUUUCUACAGCAGCUCUGUAUUUGAGACCGAACAGGAACCUUGCUGGGACUUCCUAUUGUCUCAGCCCGAGGAAGACAACGUGGACAACUUGAAUGAGCAGGUGAAGGAGAAAGACACCGACACAGACUGUCUUCUGUUUGAGUUCUCCUCCGAACCCCUCCUACCCUGCUACCAUGUCCAAGUAUCACUAACGCAGGGGUUUUGUAACUGGUUCUUGCUGGCAGACGUUCUGAAGCGGCUAAAGAUGUCAGCGCGUAUUUUCCGGGCUCGGUACCCUCAGUUGGAGGUGGUGAGCAUCGCUCAGACAGAGCUGUGGAAGCAGGUCUCUGUCAGUCAAACGUGCAUCGCUCCGGACGAGCUCCAGCCGGACGACGAAGACGGGGAGGAGACGGUGGAGCUCGUGCGAUGCGUACCAGAGCUACAGGGACUGCUAGGCUCCUCCAUACAGCUCCUCCCAGAAGACGAGGACGACAGGUCGGGGCCCAACGCCAGACCCUGCAGUCGAUAGCAACUCCUGCCCUGUAUCUUCUGGGAUCGUCAGCUGCCGUCCGCAGUCAUGCGCGGGUCCGAUGGCCUGUUACCAGUACCAGCACUUUGUAUGUUCAGAAUCAGCCAGAAAGGUCCUAUUUCCUCACAGACACUCUUCUCACAGACCCCCCGAGUAAUGAAAGGGGCCCUAGGGAGCGACUUUGCCAUGCCCUCAUCCGAGGCUGGAGACAGACUCCACCGGGAAGCAACUUUCAGGUUCCUUCUGUAGGGUUUUGUUUUUCCACUCUUGAAUAUUUUUUUUUUUUUAAAUAAACCUAUAUGUAUAAGUAAAUAUAUAUGUAUAUCUUGACAUCAGGGUGAACGCAUCUGGUUGUAACUUAUCAUUAACAUUUUAUGUUCGUUCGUUAUUGACGGUCCUUUAGAAGGAGUGGUAAUCCAAGUCUUUUUUUAUCUUGGUAAACUAAAUGUGUGUAGCUAAGAGGCUUACGUCAAGCUAACAGCGGCAGGAAUGCCUUUGGGCCAGAUGGUUCCUGUGUAAACCAUCGAGCCUCUCUCGGCUCCCAGAAGCCCCCUAACCUACAGCAUAUGUUCCUCACCCCGGCCCUCCUUACCUCAGCACCACUGCAGCUCUGCCAGAAACAUUACACCUUCCCUUUAUUUCAUUUGUAUCGUAGCAGGCACAGGAUGUGUUCCUGUGACAUCUGACUUUGCUUCGUUUUUGUUUUUUGUUUUGGUUGAUGAGCUAUUGGUUUUAUCCACUGGUUGAAUUAUUUUAAGAUAUCAGCAGGUAUUCGCCGAUAUCAGCCAGUUAAGCGGUAAACAAAAGAAACAAAAAAGAGCCCGUGGAGUGUUUUUUUUUUGUUUUUGUUUUUUUAAGGAUUUUCUAGAACCGUUUUUUCUAGAUUCCGUCUUGAACUGCUUUCCAGUGCUCACGGAAGGGGCUGUCUCCGAGGUUUUCUUGGUGUACCAGAUUCCAGCGUGCUUUGUGGCGCGUGGUGUGUUUUAUUUACACUGUUGUUCGUGCUUAAUUUAAUAGUCAUUAAUAUAUUUGACCUUUUUUGUGUGUAUCAGACAAAUGAUAUAUGAAAAUUGCUUUGUAUGGUUGGUGCUUUAUUUGACGAUGUACAAAUAAUGAUCCCUUUAUCCUGAGGUUGUUUUGUUUUCCCACACUGCGAACAGUAUUUUAACAAGCUAAAGUACAGUUUUAUUGUACUGGUGCUAAGCUAGAUUUUGUGUUGACAAUCAAUAAAGUUUUGUUUGAACUGAAACCAAUAAAUAUUUAAAUGAAGAGACAGAGAUGUAAAGAUAGAGUUUAGUUUCACUACUUAUGGAAAUACAGCGAGACAUGAAGAAAGUUCUUGGUUUUGAUUGAUGAAGGCGUAUUGCUUCAGUGAUCUCUGUUCAAAGAGGAGAGCUGUUUAUUUGAUUCUUUUUUUAAAGAAAUCAACCAGAAUAAAGCAUGAUUGUCAAGUCUU